GUGAAUGUUAUCCAAUCACACUAACCAGAGAUGAAAAAGAGGAGGAGCUCCUGCGCGUAAUCGGCAAGUGGCGGUUGUUUCAGUAUGGCGUCUGUUGCUGAGGGCGCAAAUGGUGAUGGAUUUUACUGGAUUCAUGACAAAUCAGAUGAAGAGCAGCCCAUGGUUUUUGUUUCAGGGAUGAGCAAGAAUGCCAGUCUGAAGGCUGGGUCUGCAAAUAAUACAGAGGGAAAGAUAAAAAUGAGAGCUAUGGAUAAAAGUAGGAAAAAAACAGGAUUGCAUUUGGCAAUGCAAAGUGCUGAGAUGGUGGUGGGUAAAGCUUCAGAUCAGAAGCGGCCUUCUGUUGAAGCCAAACCCAAGAUCACUACACCUGCACCAGAACCAGAUCUGCCUCCUCUCCCUUCAGCUCAGCCUCUCUUCAGCACUGCUCUAGCCAGAAGUAAGCCAUCAUUGAAGGAUCUCUGCCCAGAGGACAAGCGUCGAAUUGCAAAUCUCAUCCAGGAGCUGGCCAGAGUCAGUGAAGAAAAAGAGGAAUCUGUGCAGAAACUCAGGGAUGAACAGGAGACGUUUGAGAAAAAAAUCCAACAUCUAGAGCAAAAAAACCAACUCAUCAUACAAGAGAGAGAAAGCCUGCAGCAGCAGUACCGAGAGUGUCAGGAGCUGCUGGGACUCUAUCAGCAGUACCUCUCCCAACAGCAAGAGAAACUCAACAAGUCUAUCACCCUGCUCAAUCAGUCCUGCUCCCACAGCAAGAUUCCUUGCAGUGAGGGGGCGCCCAGGAGGUCUUGGGGUGGAAGAGGAAUUGCUUUAGAUGGAUCUUACUUGGACCUCCCUUCAUCAGGAAGCAAAACUGAGAGAGGCGGGUCAGUUGAGUAUGCUCAUUCUUUCUCAACGGGACCAAUCUGUGCACCCUCCAGCAGCGUCCAGAACUGCGAAAUCCAUGACCGGCACACCAAUCACAAUUCUGAAGGUGGACGUAGUGAUCCCAGCUUCUCUAACAGGGAGCCCUCAGCCUAUGAUGCCCUGAGGCUGAGUGGCAUCUCUGAACCCAAGUGCUCUCAUCAGUGCCACAUAAUGGAUAAUGACAGCGUGUGUGGUGCUAAUCGAACUGGUCGAGCAUCACCACCUGGUCGGGACAACUGGGAGGAGAAACAACAAUGUCUGCUGCUGCAGAAGAAACAGCUGGAGAUUGAGAGGGAGAUAAUUCAAGCUCGGUUGGCUCAACAGGAAGAGAAACUUUUGCUCCAGAACCAGCAGCUCCGCCAGUCAUACCUUCAGUACAGCAAGCUUCAGCAAGCGACCACAACAGACUUAGAGAAACCCCUAAAUGGAGAUAGCAGUUUUAAUGAGGGUCCACAGUCAGGUUUUGUAAUGGAUCAGUUGACACGCAGUGACGAAAUAAAAGGAGAGUCACACACUUUACAAGAAAAUGUUGAACAACCGUUAAGUAACGUACAGUCACAGCAAUACACAUCAAGUAUUGAGGAGCCUGCACCCAAGCUUUCACAAGAGAUCUCCAUUACCAGGAAGGAUAUGGCCACCUCUCCUGUGGUUCCACAAAGCUUCCGGACAUCUGCUCUUCCACGUCUUGGCUUUCCCAGCACUCCACAGGCUUCCAGGUUGGACGACUCUUUGAUUGAGCUGUUGGACAUUUUCAGCCCUGCAUCCAACUCAGAAAGGUACCGAAACAGUCAGUCAUCAUGGAGGAGUUCCGUUGCCCCUCAGUCCUCUCAGAAGACCCUUCUCUCUCCUUUCGGCCCCAGUCGGUCCUCUCUGCAAGACCUGGAGGAGAGUGAGAUCUUAGAAGACAUCUUUUUCAUCUGUUGAAGGGUUAUAAAGGCGAUUCAGGUUGAUUGUUGGAAUAAUUGAAUUUGAAUGAUCAUUAAUUAUUCAUGUGCUCUUAAUUCUGCCUUUUAAAUGUGUUUAGUGUCUUGAAAUAAUUAUGGUCUUAAUUUUAAGAUAAUAAAUAAAAGGUUUAUUUUUGCCUUAAUAAAAUGUUUAUUAAUAAAUGGUGUUUAUUCAGUCACAGAUGGUUGGACAGCACUUCCAUUAAAGUCCACAGGCUUUCCAAAUAACUAACUUGGCUACGUAUAUGUAUAAAGAGAUUCUCAAGAACAGUUGCUGUCAUCUGUUACGUGUUAUCCCACUGUCAUCUUGAGGAAAUGAGAAAUUCUCGCAAGAGUGACUAGUCAUUAAGAUGUAUUUCUAGGAAGUGCUGUGUUUUCCACAAUAAUCAUUAGUCACUGAGUUUUCUGCAUAUAUUAACAAAUAUUCUUUUUUUCCUACAGGGGGUGUAGCCCAUUUUUAAAGCCUCCCCUCACUCUCCUAUUCCCCUGCUUUUCCAAUAUAUACAGCAUAUAUGCUUUGAUACUUCAAACUCGAUCUGGGAGCAUCAGUAUAUGCAAUGGGAUUCAGCCAAACAUCGCUCCAGGGCUAUUGGUCUAAUUUGAUCUGAAGUGUUGUAAAGAAAGUUUCAGAGAUGCGCCCGUGUGUGUGUGUAAACCCUCCGCCUUUGAAGUGGUUUCAGAGUACAUCAGUCGUGCCACAAAUCCAUAAAAAGAGAGAAAGAGAUAAAAACAACUCAUAAAAUGGCUUGUAUAGAAAUACAGCAGGAAAUGGGACAAGCAUAAUGCUGCUUUAUUCUACACUGUGCUUUAUUACUGGGCUUAAGCGGAAACGCGUCAUUCAGUAAAAUUA